AUGAAGUUCUCCUCUACCAUCCUCUCCCUCAGCCUCUUCAGCUCCGCCUUUGCCAUCCCCACCGUUCAGGAUACCCGCAUCGUCAAGAGAACCGCCGACCUCGACGAGUUGUUCGCCCAGGUUGACGCCCACGCCUCUGCGGCCGUAAACGUCUGCAUCGAAGCCGACGUCGACGUCUCCGCCGCCCUCGAGGUCCGCGAAGCCAUCGCCGCCCAGAUCCAAGCCGACCUCGAGGCCUGCGCCCGCCUGCUCGCCGAGGCCGCUGCCCAGCUCAAGGCCGCCGCCGAGGCUGACGUUGUUGUCGGUGGCGGAGCUAGCGAGUGUGAUCGUGGUUGCGCGGAAAAGGUGAUUGUGGACAAGUCGAAGAAGUUUUGCGAGGAUGUGGAUACGGUCGUUGAUCGUCUUGGCGAGGACUGUGUCAAGGAACAGGUAAAGCCCGCUCUUGAGGCCUUUGGCGACUUCACCGUCUGCCUCGACGGCAUCUUCGCCGGCGUCGGCGCCUCCGUCAACGCCGUAGUCAAGAGCGUUCUCGGUGCUGCUCUCAGCGCGUCUCUCGGUCUGGACCUCGACGUGCUUCUCGACAUUGGUCUUGGUCUGGGCGGUAUCAUCGGUAUUGGCCGCGUGUAA